CGGAAGUGACGCACUAUUGUUGUGCCUUUCAUAUGUUGGCGGGUGUGAAUGGCAGUGUGAGAUGGAUCAAACCCGCAAACGGAGAUUAACGAACAGGAAAAAUGGCCUUCCUCAGGGUAAAGUGAAGAGGGCUGAAGAGCCAGAGGAUGUUAAAGCUGCAGACAGCAGAGAUGAUUCAGAAAGUACAGUAUCACACAGACGCUUCACUAAGAUCAGAGUAUCCAGCCCACAGUCAGACACUGCUGGCCAAGAACAGCAUACUGAAUGUUCCAAGACAUCUGAAGAUGAUGUUGAGAAGGCAUUGGUCAUCACGUUUGAUAAAGAGCAGGGUGGCACUCGACUGGUGGGCAGAAGGAAAGCUAUGAGGAGGAAGAGGGAAAUGUGUGAUGAGGAAGACAGUCAGCAAGAGGAAGGUGACGAUGAAAUCCAGCCAGAUUUGGAGAUCGACCGAGAGCUGGACAGAGAACUGGAGAAUAAAUCUCGACAACAUAAACUGACCUCAGCGAACGUUCGAAGUAUCAUUCAUGAAGUCAUUACCAAUGAGCAUGUUGUGGCCAUGAUGAAAGCUGCCAUCAAUGAAACUGAACCAAUUUCUGUGUUUGAGCCCAAGAUGACUCGCUCUAAACUGAAAGAGGUUGUGGAGAAAGGAGUUGUCAUUCCUGCUUGGAACAUUUCGCCAAUUAAGAAGCAGACUGAGGUGAAGAAGGGAACCCAGUUUGUGGAUAUUCCUUUAGAAGAGGAAGACUCCUCUGAUGAAGAGUAUCAGCCUGAUGAAGAGGAUGAGGAUGAAACGGCUGAGGAGACUUUUCUGGAAAGUGACUUGGAGAGCACAGCAUCCUCUCCACGAGGCAGUCGAGUGAAUCUACACAGAUCACACUCAGAGUAUGAGGAGGAUAUGACUGGCAACUCCAGACUGAGCCUCCGCAGAUCCAGGCACUUGACAGUGGCCGUUGCUCCAAUGGGGCCCCCACCACCACCUCCGGCCCCCUCCAGGGCCCCACCGGAUUGCAGCUUCUUAGAGAAACUCCAUGCUGUGGAUGAGGAGCUGGCCAUCAGCACUGACUGCAUAGAGCCAUAUCAGAGUCUUAGUAGCACUAACGGAGAUGAGAGCCUGAUAUCAUUACGAACACGAUCCAAGCGCCCGCUGAGAGAUGUCCCUCUAGGCCGUCUGGAGGCGGAGUUACGUGCUCCUGACUUCACUCCAGACAUGUAUGAGUUUGGCUCCGCCCUCGAGGAUCGAGAAUGGACGCAUUGGCUGCAAGGACUCAUGAUUUCAGAUAUGGAGAAUGAAGAGGAGGGUGAUGAUGAAGAUGACCCCGAGUAUAACUUUCUGGCUGACAUUGAUGAACCUGAUGUGGAGGACUACAGAAAUGACAAGGCAGUGCGCAUCACCAAGAAGGAAGUGAAUGACUUAAUGGAUGAACUUUUUGAUGCAUUUCAGGAUGAGUUAGGGGGUCAGGAUGAAGAAUGCCAUGAGGAAGAGGAGGAAAAAGAUGAAGAUGAGAAUCCUCCACAGGAGCCACCUGCCAUUCUGGAAAAUAUUCAAUAUGAGGACCCACUGGCAGAUGUGAUGAAACAGCGCUAUCGUACAGUUCGCGAGCAGCUGGCAGCUCUGAGGAAGCAUAAGGCUCUGCUGGAGAGUAAAGGAGUGACCGUACCCCUGCCCUGCCCUCAGCGCCCCACAAGCUCCUUAACUCCUAUGAUACUCAGUGCAGCUCAGAAACUCCAGCUACAGCAGCAGAUCCAGCAGCAUGUGCAGCUCCUCACACAGGUGAACAUGUUGAGCAGUUCUGUCAAGGGUCUGGAGACAGAGGCUUCAACAAGCAAACAGUUCUUGUUGGAGCUUCAGAUGUUUGCUCAGCGUGGGGAGCAAUCCCAUGGUCCAGUACAGCCUGGCUUCAGCAGCAUCUUCAGUGCCUCUAAUCUUCAGGGUGCAAUUUCUCUAUUGGAGGAACUAGAGCAGUCACCCAGACGAGACCAUUCUGCUCCCAGUCCAUGCUUCCCUGGAUCUCAGUUUCCAGCUCAUCUGACCUGGUUGAUGGCGACUCGGCCAGUGUUUCUCUACCUAGAGCUACUUCCUACAGUCCCACUGCGUCCCACUAGAUUCAGAGGACCAUUCACCUCAGCAGAGGACUAUCUUGUGGUUCUGGGUCAUAAGCACUUGAGAAGCACCCUACACCCACUGCAGAUGACAUGUCGCUAUCUACUUGCUGCUAGGAGCUUUGUCCGUUUAAAAUCACACAUCCGGGAUGCAUGUCAAAAGCCCUUUCCAAGUGUUAUCAAGACAUACUUUAUGGCAGGAAAAUGUCCCCCAAUGCCUUUGGCCUGUAAAAGAGUCAGUCCAUGUGAGCAGCGUCCACCAGUGGAGAGAGAAAAAAGCCUUAUGCCUGAUUGGCUCAAGAAAAACCUUAAGAUCAUUAAUGAGCAUGUAAGAAACUAUAACCAGCCAUCUGGCAACUCGCAAUUCCAAACUACCACUUCUGCCAAAAGCACUACGCCAACAGAGGAGGCCAAUGAGCCUCCAGGUCUCCACUGUAGAUUCCCUCCAGGCACCCGUUACCCUCCUCGCCUUCCUGAAGACCUGUCUCGGGCACUUGAAGCUUCCUCCAAAAAGAAAAAAGACAAGCCAUCUGAAUCCAGCAGGCCUUCAAAACCAACCCUGUCAGCUAAGGAACUAGAGGAAGUCCUCAGUCAGUUGCCACCCAUCUUACCGAAGGCUUCUACAGUCGCAAGUCCAUCGCUUUCCCACCCUCCUCAUCUCUCACAGGGUCCAGGCCCACAAUUUCAAACCGUUCCACUGAGGACAGAACCUAAUCCUUGCCCGUCUGCAAAUGGAGCCAUUAACUGUCCCAUUGAGAGACCAAUAAUAGCCCCAAAGGUUCCUCCAAUGGUACAAAGCCAUGGUGGAGUUGUUGUUACUUUACCAACUGCUCCAGUCACCACUGAAUUGAACUCUUUAAGGAUUGUACCUGUGAAAAAUGCUGUAGAAAUGCCAAUGGGCAUCUCUGGUGCUCCAAAGGUAGCUCAAAUUGUUGCAAACCAAGGGAAAGUCCUCAUCACUUUACCUACAGCUGCUACAAAUGCACCACAGUUGAGUUCCCCUUCUUCAAGGCACGUAACUGUAAAUCAAACUGGACCAUUGGUCGCCUCUAAUGUCGUAACAGCAAUUCCAGCAGGAUCAAGUCAAGGUGGACUAAUCAUUAGUCUACCUCCACCUCCAGUUCCUAAAGCCAUCAUUUGUCCCACACCCAUCAUGAAGACUUCCCCAGCCAGCGUCCCGUUGGCUAAAGAUCACAUUAGUCAGCGCUACGGCACCCUCCUUAAACUUAUACCAAGGGACUCUGCUUUUCUAGCUUCUCCUAAACAAACAUCUGGAUCUCAAAAACCUCUUAAUCGGUUUCUUCUGCUACCUCCAGGCUAUGUGCUUGCAAGGAACAACCUUGGCCAUCAGAUAGUCAAACGUGUUGUAGAUCAAAACUGUAAACAAGUUUCGGCUCCAGAGGGGAAACAGAACAGGAAUGAGAAAACUUCAGACAACAGCACAGAUGGGCUACAAGGAGGUCCACUGGAAAUGUCCUCCAUUCAAGGGACAUUGUCCUCCAUUGAUUGUUUGCAAGAAAUUACAGAGGAGGAAGAACUCAAUAACCAUGAUGGUGGGAUGGUUGAGAAUGAGGUGGAAGAGGAUGGUGGUGAGAAAGACUUCAGAGAGCUGUUCCUCAUGCUUUCUGAAUCCUCCGGGAGCCCAGCAGCCAGUAUAGAAGAGGAAGACAGAGAUAUGGAGGUGGUUUUGGAGAGGAAACUUGAGAAGCAGAAAGAAAAAGAAAGGAAGGGCAGUAGUAGAUGGACCGGGGAGGAGGAAAUAGGUGGAGACCAUGUUUCAGAAGUCGGGUCUGUGCCAGAGCUUCAGAAGAAAGUAAGUCGUACAGGUUUGGAACAACAUGAGGGUGUUCAUCGUGCCUACACUCAGGAGAUGGAUGUGGAGAGAGCUUUUGUCCUUUACAAUGACACACUCGAUGAUGAUCCUCACAGGGAUGCUAAAGAUGUUGCUUUUGCCCAAGCUUACCUGGAGAAGGUGCAUGAGGUGCUGCAGGCAGUACCAGGGAAGUUGAAAGAGUUCUUGGGUGUUCUGUCUGAGUUUGAGAAAGAUCCAGAGAGUCGCACCUCACUGGAGCUCUUGAGAAGACUUAAACCCAUGUUGGCUGACUGGCCUGAACUGCUUCGAGACUUUGCUGCCUUCUUGCAUCCAGACCAAGCCAGAGAGUGUGGCCUGCUGGCAGAGCAGCAGGCAUUUGAACGAAGCAAACGGUUUCUACGCCAGCUGGAACGCACUUUUGGAGAACAAUCAGCCCUUUACACAAAGGUUGUGCACAUUCUGCAAGGGGCUCCAUCAUGGGAUCUUGCUGGCUCCAGAGAGAUGAAAGCUCAAAUAUCAUCGCUGUUCUGUGAUCACACUGACUUGCUGGAGGAAUUCUGGGUAUUUUUUAAGCAGCUUUACCCUCAAGUGCAGUUGCACUCUGAACAGAAUGCAGAUCAUCUGUCCAGUGUGGAAACUAUUCAGGGCUUGAAGGGGAGCCAGUCAUGUCCACCAAUCAGAACUCUCUCACCAGAGAGGAAAGUAGAACCCCACAAAACUGCUAUUAAACAUAGGAGAAUGAGAGACAAACAUGUCCAGAAGACAGAAGUCAAAAAGCACAAUGCAAGAAGAAGUAAUGUGGCCACAGAGUUGGACAGUGAGGUAGAUGAAGGUUCUUCUUCAGUGGAUAAUCAGCCGUCUUCAUUUAAAUGCAUGGAAAAUUCAGUCUGUGCCAAGAAUAUCUUACACUCACCAAAUGGGAAAAAAGUCGUCCUCUGGACAAGGGAGGCAGACCGUGUAAUACUGACCACCUGUCGACAGAGAGGAGCCAAGAAGGCCACUUUUCGUGCCAUUGCAGCACAGCUUGGCAACAAAACCACCAAGGAGGUUUUGGAACGCUUUCAAGACCUUAUUAAGUUGUACCAUAAAUCCAGCAAGUUACCUCACACAAGCCAAUCGGACAUGGAAGACCAGUCCAGUACAACAGAAAAUGAACCAGACAGAAAAUAUGAUUGUGUGGAGCAAUAAGAUUUGUGAUAGUAAACGAGUGCAGGCCGGACCUGCCUCCUGAAUAGGAGAUAGAAAGAUGGACACCACUGUAAAUGUUUUUGUGUGAAGUACAUGAACAAAGGAAAUACCAUGUAGUAUUAUGAAAUCUGUGAUCCCUGGGUCAAAAUAUAUUUAUAUGAAAGAAUACAAAAAUUGGAUUGAGCUGUUUCAGACUCUCUCAUGAACUCAGAGGUGAAGGACUCUUAAUUUUGAAGCCAGACAGAUUUGCAAUUUUGCAUUUAAGCAUUUGCACAUUCGGUGACAUCUGACAUAAGUGGAGAGGUUGCGUAUGUUUUUAUGUAAAAUACUAUUUUUGCCAUAACAAAGAAACCUAUGUGGUUUUGUAUUUUAAAUUUUAUUGUGUACUGCUAAUUUUUCAUGUAGUUUUAUGUCAAUAAUUUAUAAGGGAUGGUCAUAUCCCUUUGUAUGUAAAGGAAUGUCACAAAUAAAUUAUUUUGAUGUUUACUGUCAUAAAUACACCGCUGUGCAUGGAUCUCUCAAGAGAAACACACGGCGGGAUGUGCUUUGAUUGACAGAGUAAUCCACAAAUGACCGCUUUACAUCUCCUCACUUGUGAAAUUACUAACCAGUCAUCAUCUUCGGUGACACGCUUUUAUCAUUCAGGCGCAAAUAUUGGUGGAAACCAACCGGUGUGGAGAUUAUUGGAGCCCUGUAGUUUGUUUCUAGGUGUGGCCAUUGUAAGAAACUUUCCCCAGAGUUUGAAAGUGCUGCUACAUGACUGAAGGGAACAGUAACUCAAGCCAAGGUGAAUGUUUUAGGAGAUGCAAGCUUCAUGUAUAAUGUUGUGUGUAUCACUCUUAAAGGAACGUUUUGGUUCAAACCAUGCUCUAUCAACAGCAUCAGUUGCAUACAUAAUUUAGACUCAUCCCUUAAUUUCUAAAAACAAACAAAAAUCCUAUUUACAGUAAUGCACUGACAAUGUAAGUGUAUGGGGGAAGCAGAAAUGUGCUUAUAUUAUUUUUCCAUACAAAGAUAUUUGUUAAAUCAGCUGUAAAGUUGUCUAAAUCUGCCUUUUAGUAAGUGUACUACUGUCCUCAGCUGAUGA